AUGGACAUGGUGGAACAGGUUCUCCAGGAGUGUUUGCAAUCUAGCGAAGACCGAAUCCACUAUUUAAAGCCCUCGUCUUUCGGGUCCUUCAAAACCUACGACGGUAUCAAGGUUAAUGGAGACCGAGUGAUCAAGGAUAUAUUUGAUGCGAUUGAAAAUUUGAAGAGCGAUGAGGAUGUGGAAGUCAAAAAGAUCAGCGUGGUGGGAUACAGUUUAGGGGGGCUGAUUGCGAGGUACUGUAUUGGAGAACUGUAUGAGGUUGGCUUUUUCGACCGCAUCGAGCCUACAGUGUUCAGCACGUUUGCAUCGCCGCAUCUUGGAGUAAAAUUCUUCAGGACAUCUCGGAUUCUCGACAAGGCGAUGAAUUUUCUUGGUAGCAGACUCGUGGGACAGUCGGGAAGAGACUUGUUCAUUUACAAGUCUGAUCUGCUUCCACAGUUGGCAGACAAAAAAAGCAAGUACUUCAAAGGUUUGUCCCUAUUCAAGGUCAGGAUACUGCUUGCCAAUGUACGCAACGACAGACUUGUCAGCUUUGCUACCUCGUACAUCUCCAACUACAAUCCGUUUGAAUUUUGGGAAAACCUGGAGAUCAAAUAUGUGGAUGGGUUGCCUUCGGCAAGGGUGCUAGGCAGAGAGUACCCGGUUCGAGUUAUAGAUCUGAAGGGAACGAUCUACCACCCAGAAUUGAAGAAGAGUGCAGAAGUUGACCAUCUUCAACGAACCCGCAAUGUUGCCAUUGGAGUUAUGAUGAUGCUCCUGCCGUUUGUUCUGCCGGUGAUCUUUGUGGCGAGUGUAUUUGGAACUGUGAAAAGUGCGAUAAGGAAGUCGCUUCUCCAGGAGUUCGACCACGGAGGUGCCUGGAGGACUUUACAGGAGCGAUUGGAGGGCAACAAAGCGCGGCACCAUAGCCAAAAAAGAGAGCAUGAGGACCCACUGGCCGAGGCAACACAGGAGAUUGUCGAAAACACACUCCAGGAGCUGUCUGCUGAGGAUCAGGGCGAUAAGGAGGAGUCAUCGACAGACUCGGUUGCAGGACCCGAAUCACUUAUAGAUACAAACCCGAAGCAGGUUGAGUUUGACGCCGAAAAGGCUGCCCAAUGUGUCGAAUCCUUGAUAAAAAAGAUGGAUGUUGGCCCGUUGGCAGAACUUCCCUUGACAGACAAGCUCGAACCGCUGCCAUACGAUGAUAAGCGCACCUUGAUGUGUGCAAAUUUGAAUGAGCUCGACUGGAUCAAAAUACCCGUCUACGUGAGAUCUCUCAACGCUCACGAGGGCAUUGUUGCACGGCGUGGGCUCAAGAGAACAGCAGCCGGCGCUCCGGCACUGUAUCUCUGGGGAAUACUCUUCAAGCAAAAGUCAGAGUGAAAUACCUAGUCUAGAUGUUAUUUACACAACUUGCUAAUAUCCUUUUUUGCGCUAUUGUAGCGUAACGUAGUUGGCAGGGAACAGUCCUCUUUCGCCAUUACAGGAUCCCAGCCACCAGUCUUCGUCGACCUGCUCGAUUUCUGUAAUGAUAUCCUGCUCUUUGAAACUGAUUUCGUUGUCCUCCGUAGCGUCAUAGUCGUACUCUGCGACGGCAGUCAACCCUUUAGAAGUUUCUGGUUCUGGUUCUGGUUCUGGUUCUGGUUCUGGGACCUGUUCAGCAGCUGGUUCUUCGUCCUUUUUCUCGUUCAGGACAACGUAUGUGGCAGGGAAGAGACCGGUUUGGCCAGCAGCAUUGGUUCCGAGCCACCAGUCCUCGUCAACAAACUUGAUGUCGACAAUAACCUCACCCUCGGCGAAUCCAAUCUCGUUGUCUUCAGCUGCCUCGUAAUCGUACUCCGCGACUGCCGUUGGAGCUGCCGAUGCAGCAGCAGCAGGACGUGGUGUGGUAGGAGGAGAAGGCGCGGACUUAUUUUCCUGUUCUGGCUCAGUUUGAUUCUCUUCUUCCUCUUUCGCAACAGUCCUGACUGGAGGAGGUGGGAACGAGGAUCUCACUGGAGGAGGAGGAAAUGCUGGCUUAGGCUCAUCUUCAGUAUUCAGGGCCUCCAGGUUGGCCCUGAUAUCGUUGACAUGCACGUUGAUCUCUUCUUCAGACACAGCAUUCACAGGUUUGGAAUCAGUCUCGACGUCCUUGAACUGUCCUUUCUUUUCAGCCCAGAGCUGAGCUGGGGUCUUGCCGUUAGUGGCCCCGAAAUUGCGGUUCAGGCCAGAGGAGACAUGCUCGUCCCUCUUUGGAGGAGCACCGAAGGAAGGUUUCGAGCCAAAAGAUGGCUGGACAACCUCCUGGAAUUUGGAAGCAACAGAGUUUGUCACUUUUGGUUUAGGUAGAGAAGACAGACGACCGUCUCCCAGACUCACUGAAACAGUGGCCGGUUGCGAGCUGGUCGUUUGUGAUGGACCCUUUCUCAGCGUCUCAAUGUCGACCUUUGUUGGCUUGUAUGCUGAAGGAAGAGUCUCCAACGGCUUUUUGCUAAAGUCUCUCUCCUGGAUUUCUUCUUCUCCACCCCAUUCAUCGUCUUGUUCAGCAGGCUUGGCUGAAACAGGAGUGGAAGCCGGUCUUAGAGGAGUGCCUAUAGCAGGCUUGGCGGGUGCUGGCUGUUCUGUCUUGGCAGGCUUAGGAACAGGCUUUGGGGCAGGCUUGGUGGUUUUAGGAGCAGAAGACUGUUGCAGCGAUUGGAUGGAAUACCUGGCACCGGAAGCAUUACUCACAGUCUUCAGCAGGUCGUCCACGUCCAGGUCGUCAGGAUCUCUAGCAGUCACCUGAACGUGGUAAUGCAAGAUCCUGCCGACUUCGGCCACGUUAUUUGAAAACGAGACCUUGCUUUUCAAAGGAGCAGAAUCUGGACACCAGCCAAGAAGCAAAAUCUUUUGCACGUCAGAACCGUACGGAUUGACACGAAUGUAACCGAAUUGGACUGCUCCUUCUUCAAACUCGGUCACAAACUCAUUGAUGUCUCCGUCGCCUUGGACAGUAGGCUUGAGAGAUGAGUCUUGCUGGGUGGUGUAAAUGACAUAGGACAGCUCACCGGAGAUGAGUUUGUCGUAAUUCUGCUUGAUCUCCUUGCUGUAAGUGGCUAGGUCGAGUCUCUCCAUUGUGCG